GUGGUAUUCGUAAACCCUCGUCGCCCAAGGGGAGCCACUCUCGGCCACUGGCUUGUGAUCACCUAAUGCUGGGGUUGUUUGUGACUUCUUGUUUCCUGCGUGUUUCUGUCUUUGCAAACCACUUCCUGUUGUACCUCAUUUCCCUUGCGCAUCACUCGGCGUUCCGUGUUGAGGCGCCGAAGGUGUUUACCUGCUUACAUUCCUCGCAGCGUCCGAGCAGUCUUCGGAGGCGGCCCUGCAUUCGUUUUGAUUCUAUUCCUUAGCGUACUCGCAAACACUAGAAUCCAUACCAGCGUUGUUUGAAAGCCGGACAAACUUAGCAAGAUGCAGGGGCAAGUAAAUGGCAACGUCUUCCAAGGCGACCAUCAGCAUGUGCAAGCGGAUCAGAAUGGUCACGGCGCAGGCCCGCACAUUAUGACAUCCUCCUCUGAAUUUGAGAUUCUGUGCGGCCCGUUACUCAACUACCAGCGCAUGAGCGAGGAGGGCGCAAACGUGUUCUGGCAUGGCUCCGUCCUCAUUGUCACCAAGCCUGCGCAACAAACACCUAUACUUGAGUUGAAAUCCUUAGGCGCAUGGAAUCCUUCUCAUACCAAUAUCAAAACUCCGGGAAGACAGACUAUCGAAGGGCUCAAGCUCUACUCCGAUCCCUACAAGACGUUCUGGCGGUUUACACUUCGGUUGCCGUUGGCAGAGGCUGAAGCAAAAUGGCAGUACGCGAUUCAAAACAUACACUUCCUCACGAAAGUGAGCGAGCAUUCUUCAAGGCAGUUUGUUGUCCCUUCUGUGAGCGAGUCGAUGCGCAUAAUGUUUCAUUCUUGCAAUGGGUUCUCAGUUGGCACGGACGAAGACUUUUGGUCAGGUCCUGUUCUAUGGAAUGGUGUCCUCAGGGUUCACCAAAAACGCCCUUUCCACGUCAUGAUUGGUGGAGGGGAUCAGAUAUACAACGAUUCUGUGCGGGUUGAUGGUCCGUUGAAGGAGUGGACGUCCAUCGGCAAUCCUGUGAAGAGGCGCCAUUAUCCAUUUGGUGAGAAGCUGAGGGCCGAAUGCGACAAAUAUUACUUUGGAAAUUACGCAAAAUGGUACAGCACCGAGCCGUUCGCAUCGGCGAACGCUCAGAUUCCACAGAUCAACAUUUGGGAUGAUCACGACAUAAUCGAUGGUUUCGGCUCAUAUACGGACGACUUCAUGAAGUGUCCGGUGUUUCGAGGAAUUGGGGGUGUCAGUUUCAAGUACUACUGCUUAUUUCAGCAUCACACGGCGCCACCUCUGUCUACAUUCACAACAGAUGCGCCUGCGACCAUGGAAGCUGGGAUGAAUGGCAGUGCGAAAGCCGAUGAGCUACAGAUCAAGGAUACUUAUGUCUACAAUCGAACCGCGGACGAUCCAAGCUGGAUAGUUGGGUCGCGGCCGGGACCUUAUGUUGAGGAGAGAUCGAGGAGUCUAUAUAUGCGCCUAGGAAGACGAAUCGCUUUCUGUGGCAUCGAUGCCCGUACCGAACGGACAAGGAGGCAGGUCAACUAUCCUGAAACUUACGACCAGAUCUUCAACCGGCUGGAGACUGAGCUGAAAGCCGCCCACGGCGAGAUCAAGCAUCUCAUACUCCUUUUGGGCAUUCCGAUUGCUUAUCCACGGAUGGCGUGGCUGGAGAACAUGCUCACAUCCCCAAUAGUAGCUCCCAUACGCCUGCUGAACAAGCGAUUUGGCUUUGCAGGUGGAUUGUUCAAUAAGUUCGACGGCGCCGUUGAUUUGUUGGAUGAUCUGGACGAUCAUUACACGGCGCGAACUCACAAGCACGAACGGCGCGAACUCAUUGUGCGUCUUCAGAAACUUUCGGUCGAGCAUUCUAUUCGAAUCACUAUUCUCAGCGGCGAUGUACAUCUGGGAGCUAUAGGUCGGUUUUAUUCCACGCCAGCUGACAAUAUAAACCCGAUUGAAGAUCCAAGGUACAUGGUCAACAUUGUGUCCUCGGCAAUCACGAACAAGCCACCUCCCAAGGCCGUGGCAAAUCUGCUGGCAAGGCGCAACAAGAUCCACCACUUGACCGACGGAAACACAGACGAGACUUUGAUGAAGCUAUUCGACAAGCAACCUGGCGGCGUGAUGAAGGGCGCAGACUGGAACCUUGUGACCAUGCCAAGUCGAAAUUACGCCUGUAUCACAGAAGUCCCUGACGAUGAUUCGUACGGUCACGGGCCAGCCGCGAACGGUGUUCUCGAUGGCACCGUUAUAGCUUCUACAGGCCGAACAGGAAAGUCUCGCCCUCAUACUGGUAAUAACAUCGAUGGCCAUAGUCCGCUACACGCGGGCGAAGAGGGCGCGGGCACGCAACAUCCCGCUGCAAGUGGGAUUAGCAGUGAAGGACCAUUCAAGGGUGGUUUGAAUGUUUCGAUUAGAGUGGAGAUUAAUAGUCAGGAUCGUGAAGGAAAGACUGAGGGAUACGGAAUGAGUAUUCCUAAACUGGUUAUUGCGUCGAAAGAGCAGGCGUCGAUGCUGCCUCAUCCUCAGCUUGAUAGGACGACGGCUUAGUCCUCGCCUUUUGUCAAUGCCCUGUUUCACAUGCGCCUUCUGCUCUCAUUGCCAGCCGAUCAGCGUAGGGAGUAUAUGUACAGUACCAUGACCCAGGGUGUUUCUCUUUGUGGGGUCCUUUCUUUGCUCUGCAUUUCUGGCAGACCUUGCAUAGUAGGUGUACAGGGAGAUACCCGGACGUGUCAUGCUCUUGCUGAGGGCUACGUUGUGCCGUCAUUGAGACGGAUGCUAUUAAUAUAAAAGUAUUCUUCUUCCCUGUCACACUAUCUCAACCUUCAACGAGGCAAUAACAGUACACGGGUUGGACUG